GGGUUGAUUGCAGAUUAACAGAUCAUUGAGUCUGAGAGUGAAAUAUGGAAAUCAGAACCAUCACAUUUCUUCUCUUCUCUCUGCUAUCCAUCAGGAGGGGACAAGGAUGGUAUACAACAAUUGAAUAUGACUCUGUUUCAUCACCUGCACUGCAAUGUGGUGGAAAUCUGACAGAUCUGAAAGGUGAGUUCACCAGCCCCAACUACCCAGGAAAUUAUCCAAAUUACGCAUUUUGUCAGUGGCUGAUUGUGUCCAAUGGAAGCAACAGCGUGUACCUGGACUUCACUUAUCUAAGGUUGGAAAAUUCAGGCUCGUGCAGCUAUGACAGCGUGUCUGUGUAUGAUGGCCCAUCCACCUCAUACCGCCUGCUGGCAAAAAUGUGCGGGCAGCAGACUCGUUCCUUCAGCUCCACCGGCCCUUCCCUGACCGUGGUCUUCCGAAGCGAUGGCAGUGUCAACGACAGGGGAUUUCAUGCACGAUAUGAAGGUGGAGUACCACCAACAAGCUAUGGGUCCUGUAGGUACAACUGUGGUUACCAAGUGGGGUCCUGCUCCUGCAGCAGCUCCUGCCGUUACUAUGGCAACUGCUGCCAUGACUACAACAUGUACUGUGGAACAACAACAAACAGUCCAGUAACACCAACUGGCUAUGGAACCUGUAGGUACAACUGUGGCUACCACGCAGGGUCCUGUUCCUGCAGCAGCUCCUGCCGUUACUAUGGCAACUGCUGCCAUGACUACAACAUGUACUGUGGAACAACAACAAACAGUCCAGUAACACCAACUGGCUAUGGAACCUGUAGGUACAACUGUGGUUACCACGCGGGGUCCUGCUCCUGCAGCAGCUCCUGCCGUUACUAUGGCAACUGCUGCCAUGACUACAACAAGUACUGUGGAUCAACAACAGAAAGUCCAGUAACACCAACAAGCUAUGGGUCCUGUAGGUACAACUGUGGUUACCAUAUGGGGUCCUGCUCCUGCAGCAGCUCCUGCCGUUACUAUGGCAACUGCUGCCACGACUACUACACGUACUGUGGAACAACAACAGAAAGUCCACAUGAUUCAACAGCAAUUCAUCCCCAGUGCGGAGGAAAUCUCAAUGGAUCCGGGUCAUUCUCCAGCCCUAACUACCCCAGCUAUUACCACGACAACGCCUACUGCGUGUGGCGCAUUUCAGCUCUGUCCGGGCAACGAGUGGUUUUGGCAAUCACUGACGUACAGCUGGAGAACUGCUGCUCCUGUGACUACAUCGAGGUGUAUGACGGGUCCUCCCUCAGCUCCCGGCCCCUUGGGAAGGUCUGCCUCAACAGCACCACGGAGGACUUCCACUCCUCCUCCAGAUACCUGACGGUUCUCUUCCGGAGUGACAGUUCGGUGGUCAGCAGGGGCUUCAGAGCACACUACACCAGCUCUCUCCCCGACAGCGCAGGUCGGGUGGACUGCUCCUCAGACAACAUGACCAUAGUCAUCCAGACAUCCUAUCUCAACUCCGUGGGAUACAGUGGUUAUGAUCUGUACCUGAACGACCAGUACUGCCGUCCAAGUGUGUCAUCCUACCAGGUGGUUUUCAGCUUUGCGCCAAACACCUGUGGGACCAGGCGAGAGUUCAACAACGGGAGGAUCGUGUACACCAACGGCGUGCGGGCGUACAAGUCUCGGUCGGGCGAGAUCACCCGCCAGUCUCAAUUCAAGCUACAGGUGCUGUGCAGAAUGGAGCAGGACGCCACCGCGCAGAUCAUGUACGUGGCGCGCGAGCGCGUAGAGGGCAACAUCACGGGCAGCGGCAGGUUCAACGUCACCAUGGCCUUCUACACCUCCGGGAGCUUCAACUACCCCGUGUACGACUCUCCCUACGUCGUCAGCCCCGGCCAGUACCUGUACGUGCAGGUCAGGCCCAGGAGGACGGACAGCAGCCUGGUCCUGUUCCUGGACACCUGCGUGGCCUCGCCUUCCCCUCACGACUUCCACACCAGGACCUACGACCUGGUCCGCAACGGCUGCAAGAGGGACAGCAGCUAUUACGAGUAUUCCAGCGGCAGCCGGGAGGUGGCGCAGUUCCGCUUCCAGGCCUUCGCGUUCCUGCGCAGCCACGCCGAGGUCUACCUGCAGUGCAAGGUCGCUAUAUGCAGGGCCAACGACUACAGCUCCCGCUGCUCCCAGGGCUGCCGCACGCGCAAGGCCAGGAGCCUCAGGUCUGCCGCCAACGACGAGGCCGCCACCAUCCUCCUGGGUCCCAUCCAGCUCAGAGAUCCUAAAAAGCCAGAGGAGGGCUUUCCUGAAGAAAGCGUGGUCCAGAUGGAGGUGUGAGUCACCUGGAUGCUCACCAAAAGUUGCAUCGCUCUCUCUCUCUCUCUUUCCAGAUUUAGCCUUCCCAUCCCAAUCAAAGUUAUGUUAGGAAAAUUCUAAAAAGGGUCACUGACUUUUGCUUUGACUUGUUUAUCAUAAGCUUUCACUCAUGGAAAAAUAAAAGAACGUCUGUUGAAUCUUGCUGAAUAUAAAAUUAAAAGCAUUCACAAAUACUAUU